AAAGAAAAAAAAAAAAAGGGGUUUUGAGGCGGACGAAACUUCUAAAUCAUCCAACAAUAGGGAAAAGGCGUUUCAAAUAUUUGCGGAAGACAGAGGAAGAGGCGGUCGUUGCGAUAAAGUAAUAAAAGAAAAUCAAAAAUAUUUAUUAUUUAUAUAUAUAUAAAAAAAGAAAAACAAAAAUACUUGGGGAAUGGGCUAGCUUUCCUCAAGGUUAGGGAAGGAUGCUGAAGAGCCAAACCUAAAAACCAAAAACAAAAAAAGAAAAUCCAGAAAAUUAUGGUGAUGCUUCUUCUGCUUUCUAUGCCCCCAUUCUUCGACUCUGCUCUGAUCCCGCUGUCCUUGUUCUUCUCCUCCCUCUCUUCCGCCUAGGGUUUUCUCUACCUGUACAUCUCCUUCUAUAUUCCUAGGUAUUCCGAGGUAGCUUUUAUUGGAUGUUGAUGAUACAGAGCCAUGCCGACAUUUACAGCUUUAGCUUUAGAUACCUUAUUGGAACCUGGAGGUUCAAAAUCUGUUGACAAGUCUGUUCCUUACUCAAAGUCUGUUUCAAAUGCAAAGCCUGUUCCUAAUUCUAAGCUGGAAAGGAGGAAUAGUGCAUCAGUUGCUGAAAAAAGAGUUCGUCGACCUCCAAUAACGCCAGCACUUUAUGCUACUCCUGAGGCAACCCCACUUCCUGAUUCACCAACUUCGUUUCCUCCUUCACCUUACAUAAUUAAUCAUAAGCGGCGAGGGCCACGCCUUCAAAAGAGUUUCUCCGAGGCCAAUGUAAUGUCAAAGCAAAAAGACCAAAAUGAAGAUAUCAAGGGGUAUGCAAAGGAUACAGAAACCAAGGUUUCCAACUCAAUGGAGAACAACUCUGUUAUUUUCACAGUGGCUGAACCUUUCGAAGAAAAUGGGGUGAAUGGUGUUAGUGAUUGUAGCAGCAGCAAUGGCAAACUUGGAAAUGGUAAAGUGGUACUUGAAAGCAGUAAUGGCAAAGUUGGGAGCAGUAAUGGGCUGCCUGGUUAUAAUAAAGUGAAACUAGGAGGCAGUAUCAAGUGGAACGGUUUGGCCGUUGAAGCUGAGUCAACGAAUCAAGUUGCAUUGUUUUCAGAAAGGGAUAAAAGGGAUAGUGAGCGGGAAGAUUUCUUUGAUCCUCAGGAAUCGAUGAGUAUUGCAAGUAACACAGAUGGAGAGGAUAAUGUAGAUGCAGAACGUUCAUUACCGCUUACUACACCACAGGCAGAGUUUUUUGACGCUUGGGAUGAACUUUCUUCUGAGAGUGGGCAACAAUCUUCUCUCCGUGACUUUGAAGCAGAAUUAAGUGAAAUGAGAUUGAGUCUAUUAAUGGAAAUAGAGAAGCGAAAACAAGCAGAAGAAGCCCUUAGUGAGAUGCGAAAUCAGUGGCAGAGGAUCAGGCAACAAUUAUCUCUUGUAGGAUUGACACUCCCUUCAGAUGCUGCUAUUAUUGAAGCAAGAGAGCAACUCGAUUCUGAUCCUGCCGAAGAGCUGUGCAGACAAGUUUAUGUGGCUAGGUUUGUUUCAACUUCUAUUGGAAGAAGCUUAGCAAGGGCUGAGUUGGAGACCAAAUUGGAAGCUCAGAUCGAGUCAAAGAACUUUGAGAUUGCUCGAUUGUGGGACAAACUCCACAAUUAUGAGGCUAUGAAUCAGGAAAUGGUUCAGAGGAACCAAGAUGUUAUUGAAAUGGCACGGCAGGAGAGGGAGAGAAGGAAAAGAAGGCAAAGGUGGGUUUGGGGAUCUAUCGCCACGACGCUUACUCUUGGCACUGCAGCUUUGAUAUGGUCUUACCAUUCAUCAGGAGCAGGAAUAUCAGCCAAUGAUUCCCAGCUUCCCCAAUCGGAUGAUGCAGGGAAAUAAUUAUAUUUUUUAUCCAGUAGUUACUGUGACACCAUUCCGUAUAACAAAAGGAGAAUAAAAAGGUCUUAUCCGUACUUAUGGAUAACUUUCUCUUCUGUUACCAGUUGCAUUUUUCCUGUGAUCUGAGGAUGUAAAGUUAUACUCUAUUUUGUAGCCAUUACUGGCAGUCUUGGAAGGUUAUAGAUCACAAAUAGGAGUAGGUUUUCUCUAAUCUAUAUUGAAGUGGUAUAUUUAGCUUUUAUGGUAAAGCUUACAUCUAUAUACAGAGGAGCAUUUGGUCAA